AUACUUUCAAAUUUUGCCUAGGUUGCUUGGUUUCUAAAUUUCAACCAUUCACAUUUUUUUUCAUUGGCUUUAAACAGCAAAAAAGUUCAUUUUUACCAAUUUAGCAAUACAGCUUGAAAACAGCGCUCAUACAACGUCGGAAAUGGACAACACAACCGCAGUUUUAGAAGUGUCGACACUUUCAUCAUCUGCUGGGUCGCAAUCAACAGGUGUGAACGAAGAGGAGUACUUGAGCGAUACUUUCGUGAGUCUGCUGUUCUGGAUAAACGCAGUGGUCGUGCCCGCGUUUGGCUUUCUCGGCAUCGUCCUAAACACUCUCGGCGUUCUGACUCUGACUUAUAUGGGCGUGAACACUUCGUCUACUCUGUACAUGCUCAUAAUCUGUGUGGGGGAUAGCAUCUCAGGAUUUGUAGACGCUAUUCUAUCGGUUGGCAUUGGGGUGUGGUUUACGAACCUGUACGUGUUGGGGCGUGGCUGGUGCAAAGCGGGCAUGUGGAUCAACUAUGCCACUACCUGCUCCACCCAGUUCGUCCUCACCCUCUUCACCUUCGACAGACUCCUCCGGUGUCCAUGCCCAUCAAGUACAGGUCACUCAAGGCCAACCUCAGAUACGCGGGGUUGAGCAGUGCACUAGUUGUGUUGCUGACUUACAUUUCCCUGUUGGGCCACUUCUACGCAUUCGAACUAGUGGACGGACAGUGCACUCGACCCAGCUACAUGAGUGAGUUGGGCAAACUGCUCUACUUCCACUACUCCGCCUCCUUCGUCUACUGCGGACUGCCCUCUUCUCUCAUCUUCAUGUUCAACCUGGCCAUACUGUACUUCAUGCGAAAGCAGAAUAACAACUCGAAAGCGGGCGGAGGAGGGGCGAACUCUGCUCUGAGGACGGAGAGGGAGCAGGCGAUCACUCGCAUCCUCCUCCUGAUGUCAUUCGCAUUUCUCAUCUUCACUGCCAUCGCCAUGGUGUUCCUCUACUAUACCCAGUUGUAUCUCGCACCCCAGCUGGAAGAUGGACAGCCGCGAGUGGGGCAGUUAUACGUUGCCCUGAGACAACUUGCGGAACUGCCGGCAACUUGGAAUGUAUCUUUCAAUUUCACGUUCUACCUGGCGGGUAGCAGGAUCUUCAGGAAGGGCUUCACUGACAUGUUGCAGAGCUACUUCUGCUGCAGAAAACCAAAUGGCAACCCGAGCAAUCAGUAG